UAUCCCUAUGAUUGGAGAUUCAAUGAGCCGGUGAUUGUUAGGGCGAGUCCUCAAUGGUUCCUCACUAUUGAGUCCAUUAGAGAGGAUUGUAUUAAAGCGUUAGAAAACGUUGUAUUCUAUCCGGACUUUUAUAAAGAAUAUUUAGUAAACCAAUUGAACGUAAGACCCAAUUGGUGUAUAUCUCGGCAGAGGUCAUGGGGUGUUCCCAUUCCCGUCUUCUAUCGCAAAAAUGACACCCAAUUUAAAACUCCCAUAUUUUCAAAGCCAAUAUUCGAUCACAUUUUAGAUCAGUUUAAAGAGAAAGGAUGUGAUAUUUGGUGGCUCUCAUCAGUGGACCAAUUAGUGCCAAAUCAUAUGAUCGAAAGUGAAUUAAAAAUGUGUGCAAACGAUUUGGUUAAAGGGAAAGAUAUAUUUGACAUUUGGUUCGAUAGUGGGAACAGUUGGAACUCAGUGUUAAGUGAGCCCAAAGUGGCCGACAUGUAUUUGGAGGGUUACGACCAGUUGCGCGGUUGGUUUCAAUCGUCGCUCAUCUUAAGCGUAGCCCUAAGAAAGUGUCCGCCUUUUAGAUCGGUUAAGAUUCACGGCUUCGCACUCGACAGCGAAGGCAAGAAAAUGUCCAAAUCUGUGGGCAAUGUUAUCGAUCCAAACGACGUGAUUAAUAAUCAAACCAAUGCCACCAAUUGUGGAUCAGAUGGCUUCCGGUGGUGGACAGCGAAGUACGCGUCCCAUCAUAAGGACGAAAGGGUUUCAAUUGAUUCUUUCGAUGAAACCCUGACCACAAUCAAUGAUUUUCGACGCGCCCUCCGGUUUCUCAUGGGAUCUCUUCAUGACUUUGAUCCGUCAAAAGACGUCUGCGUUGUGUCCGAAAUGAAUGUUUUGGACAAAUAUAUGUUACAUCAUUUGCACCAUUACUUAAAUGACAUCGAUUUGUAUUAUAAAAACUAUAGAUUUCAUCGCGUCGUUAGUUCUUCGCUUGAAUUGAUUCGUAACCGAAUCUCUGGUUUUUAUUUUUCACGAAUCAAACACCGACUCUAUUGUCACCACAAGACGUCUCAACGCCGACGCAACUGUCAAACGGUUCUCUUGUAUUUAUACAAUUCAAUAGUUUAUCAAUUGGCGCCUAUUUUGCCACAUAUUAUGACCGAAGCGUACAAUCAAUUGCCCACUGAUUCGCAGUUCAUUCAAAACAACGACGACUGGAAUGAACCCAAUAUAGAGGAGGACAUGAAUCUUGUCCUUUCGAUGACUCAUUUGAUUAACAAAGAGUUUGUCGGAAAAAAUAUGUCAAAAUACGACUGCUAUAUAAAUGUUGACGCGAAUGGUCUUCAAAACCUAUCGUUAUUUCAAAUGGAGUCCAAUUCAAUGGAUUCAGAUUUGUGUGAGAUAUUGGGCACGUCUUCAGUGGUUUACUUGCAUUCAAAUGAUUCAAAAUUGGCACAAAAGGAUGGCAUCACUUUAAACGGAUGCUCUAAUCAUAUUAAUUAUGAAUUAUUGAUAACAUCUGCUAAUAAUUGUUUGUGCGAUCGUUGCAGACGUUAUACAGCAGUUAAUCGGAGCCAACCCUGCCAUCAAUGCCUACAAGUCUUGUCGCAAACCAAACAG